CAAGAUGGCGGCUUCCGGCCAGGACCGGCCCGGGUGAAGCGGCGGCGGCUCCUCCUCCUCGUCCUCCUCGUCCCUGUCUCUUCCUCCCCGCCACCAUGUCGAGCCUCGGGAGCAAACGAGUGGCCGGAGAUGGGGGCUCGGGCCCCCCGGAGAAGAAGCCGAACCGCGAGGAGAAGACGACGACCACCCUCAUCGAGCCCAUCCGCCUGGGGGGCAUCUCCUCCACGGAAGAGAUGGACCUGAAAGUGUUGCAGUUCAAGAAUAAGAAGUUGGCCGAACGGCUGGAGCAGCGGCAGGCCUGUGAAGAUGAGCUGCGAGAGCGCAUUGAAAAAUUGGAGAAACGGCAGGCCACCGACGACGCCACCCUGCUCAUUGUCAACCGCUAUUGGGCCCAGCUGGAUGAGACCGUGGAGGCUCUCCUCCGACACCAUGAGGGCCGGGGGGAGCCGCCUUCCAGGACGGAAGAGCCGGGAACGCAGGAAUGCCCAGAACCCGAUGGGGCCCCCGUGGCCGAGGCGGGAACGCCAGAGAGGCGAGAGCCUCCGGUCCCCCAGCUCCGGCCCCCGCUUAGCGAACCGGCCUUGGCCUUUCUGGAGGCCCUGGGGGCCAGCAGCAGCGAGGAAGUGGAACUCCAGCUGCAGGGUCGCAUGGAGUUCUCCAAGGCCGCGGUGUCCCGGGUGGUGGAGGCCUCGGACCGUCUCCAGCGCCAGGUGGAGGAGCUCUGCCUUCGGGCCCAGAGCCGAGGUGAAUGCGAGCUGCUUGGAGACGGAGCUCGGGUCUUCAGCAAGGAACUCGGCCGGGAGAACCGGCGACUGCAGGAUUUGGCCACUCAGCUCCAGGAGAAGCACCACAGGAUCUCGCUGGAGUACUCGGAGCUGCAAGACAAGGUGACGUCGGCCGAGACCAAGGUGCUGGAGAUGGAGACGUCGGUGGAGGACCUGCAGUGGGACAUCGAGAAGCUGCGCAAACGCGAGCAGAAGCUCAACAAGCAUCUGGCCGAGGCCCUGGAGCAGCUCAACUCGGGGUACUACGUAUCGGGGAGCUCCGGUAGUUUCCAGGGCGGGCAGAUCACCCUGAGCAUGCAGAAGUUCGAGAUGCUGAACGCAGAACUGGAGGAGAACCAGGAGCUGGCCAACAGCCGCAUGGCUGAACUGGAGAAGCUGCAAGGGGAGCUGCAAGGAGCCGUGCGAGGCAACGAACGACUCAAGGUAGCCCUGCGGAGCCUGCCGGAGGAAGUGGUGCGGGAGACUGGUGAGUACCGGCUGCUGCAGGCGCAGUUCUCCCUGCUCUAUAACGAGUCCCUCCAAGUGAAGACCCAGCUGGACGAAGCCCGGGGGCUGCUGCUGGCAACCAAGAACUCUCACCUCAGGCAUAUCGAGCACAUGGAGAGCGACGAGCUGGGCCUGCAGAAGAAGCUGCGGACGGAGGUCAUCCAGCUGGAGGACACGCUGGCCCAGGUGCGCAAAGAGUAUGAGAUGCUGAGGAUCGAGUUUGAACAGAACCUGGCAGCCAACGAGCAGGCGGGGCCCAUUAACCGGGAGAUGCGUCACCUGAUCAGCAGCCUCCAGAACCACAACCACCAGCUGAAGGGCGACGCCCAGCGCUACAAACGGAAGCUGAGGGAGGUGCAGGCCGAAAUCGGCAAGCUCCGUGUCCAGGCCAGCGGCCCCACCCCUGCAGCCCCGCCCCCGGCCACCACCGAGGAGCCUGGGACCAGUGCCGGGAGCGCUCCUUUGAAGGAGGAGGAGGGGGGUGGAGGAGGGCAGGCCCCUCUCCAGGAGACCAAAAAGGAAAUUUCUUCCUCUGGGCCUCCAGCCUUACUGCUGGCCAGCGUGAAGAAGGAGGAAGCCCCCGCCUCCGAAGAAGAGCCGGCUUCCACUUCGGCACCGGCCCCACCCCCUCCGCCCCAAGCGCCCCCUCCCAGGAUCAGGGAAGCGGAGCCCCGGGCUAAGCGGGAAAGGGAGGGGUCGGUCUCUGUGCCGUCUACCUCUUCCUCGUCCUCCCGGGGGGAGCGGGACAAGGUCAAGGCCGAAGAGAGCAAGAGGAAGGAGUCGGACCUGCUGAAAGGAUUGCGAGGCGAGCUGAAGAAGGCCCAGGAGAGUCAGAAGGAGAUGAAGCUGCUGCUGGACAUGUACAAGUCGGCGCCCAAGGAGCAGCGAGACAAGGUGCAGCUCAUGGCAGCGGAACGCAAGGCCAAAGCCGAGGUCGAGGAGCUGCGGGUCCGAAUCCGGGACCUAGAAGAGAAAGAGAGGAAGGAGAGCAAGAAGCUGGCCGACGAAGAUGCCCUGCGGAGGAUCCGGAUGGCCGAGGAGCAGAUCGAGCACUUGCAGCGGAAGCUGGGGGCCACCAAGCAGGAGGAGGAGGCUCUGCUGUCUGAGAUGGACGUGACCGGCCAGGCCUUCGAGGACAUGCAGGAGCAGAACGGCCGCCUGCUGCAGCAGCUGCGGGAGAAGGACGACGCCAACUUCAAGCUGAUGUCAGAGCGGAUCAAGUCCAACCAGAUCCACAAGCUGCUGCGCGAGGAGAAGGACGAGCUGGGCGAGCAGGUGUUGGGCCUCAAAUCUCAGGUGGAUGCCCAGCUGCUGGUGGUGCAGAAACUAGAGGAGAAAGAGCGGGUGCUACAGGGCAGCCUCGGCGGGGUGGAGAAGGAGCUGACGCUGCGGAGCCAGGCUCUGGAGCUCAACAAGAGAAAGGCGGUGGAGGCCGCCCAGCUGGCCGAGGAUCUGAAAGUGCAACUGGAGCACGUGCAGAGCCGGCUCAGGGAGAUCCAGCCCUGCCUGGCGGAGAGCAGGGCCGCCCGCGAGAAGGAGAGCUUCAACCUCAAGAGGGCUCAGGAGGACAUUUCGCGUCUGCGGAGGAAGCUGGAGAAGCAGAAGAAGGUGGAGGUGUACGCUGAUGCGGACGAGAUCUUGCAGGAGGAGAUAAAGGAAUACAAGGCUCGGCUCACCUGCCCCUGCUGUAACACGCGGAAAAAGGACGCCGUCCUCACCAAAUGCUUCCACGUCUUCUGCUUCGAGUGCGUACGGGGCCGCUACGAGGCGCGGCAGAGGAAGUGUCCCAAGUGCAACGCCGCUUUCGGGGCCCACGACUUCCACCGCGUCUACAUCAGCUGAGGAAGUAGGACUCGGAGGGGACAGGACUCCCCAGUUUCCGUGGUGCAAACCGGCCGAGCCGGCGUCCCGGGCGUCCGGGGUCCCGGGCAUCCGGGUCGGAGCCUGCCUUUCCUCCUCGCUGUCCUCCGCUGUGACGGCUGAACCUGGGGCUGAGCCGCCCCGUCCUCCAAGACUCUGAAUUUAGAUAUCGGGACCGACGCCCCCUCCCCCCCUCCGCCCCUUUCCCCCCCAAACUCCUCCUCCCUCCCCCUUCCCUCGUGGCCCCAUAAAAGUGUUUUUGCUCA